AUGGGAAUUACCCCACAACGCCCAAAACAUCGACCAUUUGUGGAAUCUCCACAAUUACCGUUGCCCAGACGUAUCAGGUUGUUUUUGGAAUUUUCAAUUUCAGCCAUUACUCAGCACAACCAAACAUUAGUUCAUUAUUCUAUUAUUGUCAUCUCUGUCGUUCCAAGGAUGCAGGCCGAUGAUCGCGAAGAUGAGAACGAGGACGGAUAUUAUACACACCAUUCAACAAAUCCUAGCGGGAGAAAUCAACAUAAAGACUGUCCUCCCAAAGGUGAUCAUAAAGUUGCCAACCUUCUUCGUGAAUAUCACCGGCAGAAUAUUUCGGAUCGUAAACUCAUAAGCAAGCUAUUACAAGCUGAACAUGGCAUUAAAAUGAGUGAAGCAACAGUCGCUCGUCGUAGAAGAGAACUGGGACUGUUUGGUAGCCACUUAACAGCGGCUCAACUCCCUGAGGUCACCAAACGCCAACUCGUGCUGGACCAACUAGCAGAUGAUCCUACUGGUCGUCGUGGACCACGGGUUGUGAAGGAACUCAUUGCAAACAAAACUGGAGUUAUGCUCCCGCGCAAAUACAUCAGAGACCAGAUGAUGUUGCAAGAACCUGAAGGUUUUGUUGUUCGCCAACCUACCAGCAAGAAGUUGUCUCGGAGGCCCCUGGUUGUCCUUGGCCCGCACCAUGAGUGGAGUGGUGAUGGCCAUGAUAAGCUCACUCAAAUUGGCUUUCCAAUUUGGGGAAUUCGUGAUGUUUGGUCAGGCAAAUGGCUCGGUAUCUGGGUCUUGCCAAACAACCGUCUUAAAGAUGCAAUUGCUUAUUUAUAUCUUUCUCUUUGUUAUCAGCUUGGUGGCAUCCCAAUUCAGACAACAACUGAUUGUGGUAGCGAGACUACGGAAAUUUAUGGAUUUGCCAAUGCACUUCGAGAACACUUCUCCCCCCAUCUGUCAUUGAACGAGCUGCCUGCACAUAAAUUUUUGAAGAGUGUCCACAAUACGACUAUCGAGCGUGGCUGGCUUCGUCUCCGUCUUCAGUGGGGAGACAAUGUCAAGGUAUUCUGGGAAGCAGGCAGUGGCAUCUAUGAUGAAAUGGACCUGAGACAGUAUGAUCUGGUCAAAUGGCUGUGGCCGAAACUAAUUCAGCAAGAGCUGAAUCAGCUUCAGGAGCAGUUCAACAACCACCAUGUUCGCAAGGAUUCUUCCAAGAAACUUCCAUCAGGUGUUUCUCCCAAUGUUGCAUUUGCCCUUCACGACGAGUAUCAAGCUGAGAACUGCCUACAAGCAGUUGACCGUGAGGUGGUAAGGCAGCUGAUGGAGAGUAUAGGUGGUGAGGAUCUUAUUCAUUUUGUUUCUGUCGAGUACGAGAAUCAUGCACAGACCAUUUUUACGAACCUUGGUUUCAAGGAGUUAUCCUUUCACAAUGUGUGGAACAUCUUUUCUGCUAUGUUACCUCUCAUUUAG